ACUUAAAGGCUUCACAAAGUCACCUGACAACUUGAAGUUUAUGACGUCGUUAUUUAACCAAAGCACCAUUCCCUGCCAGCGCUGAGUCGCAGCCUGUGAGAUCUGUCCAUGUCUCAACUUCAAAGGUUACGCCACACACAUGAGUCAAACCCAUGGCACCCAUUCCAGUUUACACCGCCAGUCCUAUUGUUGCUUCAAAACCCGAUGGAGUGACGCCUCAGACUGCUCAACCACCCUCUGCACCCUCUGGUGAAAAACCAGCGACUUCUAGUGCAUCACCCACCUCGACUAGCCAGUCUUCAUACCCGCCUGCUCAGCCAGGUGCUGCACCUUCAUUGCCAGCUCCAACAGGCACCACAUAUGCGCUUCCUCAGCCAACCCAAACCUUCAACUAUAAUGGUCCCCCAGCGCCACAGCCUGGAGCCUUUCCGGCACCGUCAGGUGCUACUAGGACGCAUAUCCCACCUCCACCAAAAGCGGGCGAGAAGUAUCAAACACCUCAGCAAUUGACUACACCGCAGCCCGCGAGUAUGCCAUAUCCUCAACAGAUGUCUAUCCCCACGCCUACUGCGUCCUAUCCAUCCCAGCAGCGUGGUACUUCUACAGCCGAGGCACCUAACAGCUAUAGCCUAGAACAUCCACCUGGAUACCAUCAAAAUGCCAAUGCUUCCGAGGUCGAUGGCUAUAAGAGGUUAGCUACUCAACAGAGUGAGUUAGAAAACCAGACAGACAGUUCAGAAGGGGUUUGGGGAACAGCGAAGAAAUGGGCUCAGCAGACGGGAGAGAAGCUUGCCGCGGCGGAAAACGAAGUUUGGAAGAAGAUCAGCAAGGACUAAUAUUACGACAAUAAGAC